UUUGCCAUUUCUGAUGGAAUACAUGAUCAGCUGCGAAACACCUGAUAAUCAGAGGAAAUAACACUUUUACAUCCAUGCAGAGGUCUCAGCGAUUGAAAUCUGUGAACACUAUGGACUCCGAAAAUACCCCACUAAUUGUUAGUCAGGACGAACCGGUUAUUCAAAGUUCAAAUGUUGCUCGUCGGAGAUAUGUCACAGAAGAAUCGAACAGUUCGCAUUUAAAUGGAGUUAGAGAGAGUUUAUCCAGAAAUGGUGUCGAGGCAGAGCCAGGUAGUCUUCAGAAAAUAUCGUCAAAGUACGAGAGCUUGGACUAUGAUACUCCUGAAAAUUCACUUUACUUCAGAGAGCAAAAGUCGUAUACUGCAGAGGAACGCCUUCGAAUUAACAUUAACAGAUGGGUUGUCAUGUUUAUCAUUGGAUUUGUCACUGGAGUUAUUGCUUUUGCUAUUGACGUGUUGAUAAUAAAGUUGGCGGGGUUAAAAUAUAAUAUAAUCAAAGACUAUAUUGACAAAUGCACCAGUGGAAAUUGCAUGUCAAUUCCUUACUCAUUAUGGGUUGCUUCAGAUGCCUUUUUGGUUUGCAUUGCAGCUUGCUUAGUUGUCUAUGGAGAGCCUGUGGCAGCAGGAAGUGGUAUUCCACAGAUCAAAUGUUACCUCAAUGGGGUGUUGGUACCUCAUGUUGUUAGGAUAAAGACCUUGUUCUGCAAAACAGUUGGAGUUGUAUUUUCAGUGGCAGGCGGCCUGGCCUGUGGUAAAGAAGGUCCCAUGAUUCAUUCUGGAGCUGUGGUAGCAGCAGGAGUUUCACAAGGAAGAUCCACAACCUUCAACAAAGACUUAAAAUUGUUUCAGUAUUUUCGUGAAGAUCACGAGAAAAGAGAUUUUGUUUCUGGUGGUGCUGCUGCUGGUGUGUCAGCAGCCUUUGGAGCUCCUGUUGGUGGUGUGCUUUUUAGUUUAGAAGAAGGAGCAAGCUUUUGGAACCAGAGUCUUACAUGGAGAAUGUUUUUUGCAUCCAUGGUUUCCACUUUUACUCUCAAUGUCUUGUUAUCUAUUUAUCAUGGCACCCCAAUGGAUCUUUCAAAUCCUGGACUUAUCAAUUUUGGUUCAUUUCAGGGUCAGACAUACCAGAGCUAUGAGAUACCUUUGUUUUGUUUGAUGGCAAUAGUUGGAGGCUUGCUGGGGGCUCUUUUCAAUGCAAUCAACCAUCAUUUGCACAUAUUCAGAAUGAGGUACGUGAGAAAGGACUGGGUUCGUGUAGUCGAAGCAGUGAUAGUUUCUGUGAUGAGUACAACAUCAGCUUUUGUGUUGAUCUACUUCUAUGAUGACUGCAAACCAAUAGGAACAGCAAAUAUCACCAGACCAUUACAGUUUUUCUGCCAAGAUGGUCAGUACAGUUCUAUGGGGACGUUAGUAUUCAAUACACCAGAGGAGUCCAUCAGAAAUCUUUUCCACUUGCAAGAAUCUUCAUAUGAUGUGGGGACGCUAGCAGGGUUUGCUCCAGUCUACUUCUUGCUGGCCACAUGGACUUAUGGUUUGUUCGUUCCCAGUGGUCUUUUCGUGCCUUGUAUUCUGACCGGAGCAGCCUGGGGACGGCUUUGGGGAGUGGCGUUGAGGAUAUGGUUUCCGAAAGGGAACUGGGGCCAUGCGGGAAGCUAUGCACUCAUAGGAGCUGCUGCUACACUUGGCGGUGUUGUCAGGAUGACCAUCAGUCUCACUGUUAUUUUAAUGGAGGCAACUGGAAACAUAAGUUUUGGUAUUCCCAUUAUGAUCGUUCUUAUGAUCGCUAAAUGGGUUGGUGAUUUUUUCAACGAGGGUUUAUAUGACAUCCAUAUCAAGUUACAAGGUGUCCCAUUACUUGGCUGGGAAGCGCCCUCGAUGGCUGUCGGAUUAAAUGUCUGUGAUAUCAUGAGCCAAAAUGUGGUUUGCUUUAAAUCUGUAGAGAAGGUCGGACGAAUUGUUGACGUUUUGAAAGACACAAGCUCUCACCACAAUGGGUUUCCUAUUAUCGAUUUCCUUGAAACGACAGAAGGGGAGGAAUCCAGUAAUUCAUACAGAGACACGGCCCCAUUCGGGACUUUCCGCGGCCUGAUAUUAAGAUCCCAGCUUAUUAUUCUUCUGAAACAAAAGAUAUUCUCUGAGAGUAGUCGCCAAGGAAAAAAACAUAGUUUGAUGUUGCAGGAUUUCAGGGACGCUUAUCCGCGAUUUCCUCCCAUCCGGAAUGUUAGUAUAUCACAGAAAGAAAGAGAAUGCUACAUGGAUCUUAGACCGUUUAUGAACCCAAGCCCCUACACGGUACAUGAGAAUGCUUCCCUCUCGCGCGCUUUCAAGUUAUUCAGAGCUCUGGGACUCAGGCAUAUUGUUGUGGUAAAUGAAAACAAUGAGGUUGUUGGCAUAGUAACAAGGAAAGACAUCGCUCGUUUUCGAAUGUGGAGUCAUCGUGGUCAGAUCGGCUUAGAGGAAGUUCACAUUUUAGAUGCGAAUUCCGAAUUCCACGAUUCUUUUUAAUCCAUUCGCUCAAGAACCAAGGUUGGCGACACAAUAGAACUCAAACCGGUCCUGAGCAGUUAAAAUUAGAAUAAGUCUGCUAAAGCUUCUAUUAGUGGCAUCACUGAUCGUCCAAUCAACCAAUCAACCAAGACGCCGUUCUCGUUGAGCGAAAACGGAGCAGUCGAAAGUUGUCUCCGUGAGUCAAGAAAUUUAGCUAUCGUGUCAACUAUCGCGUUAACUAUCGUCAAUGAACGCGGGAUAUUUAAUAGUUAACACCUUUGGGGUCUAUUUAGCAUAAUUCCGAAUAACGUGUCAAAAAUAAGAAGAGAUUGAUGUUGGGGGCCAUAUUGAAUCGCGUUAGAAUAAGGGACAGAGUGCAGGUAGCAGUGUGG